CAAGGCGGCAAAGGCGCCAAAAACGCGUCCAGAGGCGUUCAACGCGGACGCUCAGGAUUUUUUUUUUUUGUUUUUUAAACACCAAAACGACGUCGUUUUGGUGUUUUGGGAAUUAAAACUCCCUUUGGUCUCGGGCUGCAGUCAUUUUCGAGUUGCUUCAGCAUCCUUCAUCAAAACUCCUACUCCUUCACUUCCAAAUAUCAAUUCCCAAGCAGCAAAUUUGAUAAAAUGAUCAAGAGCCCAUUGGUUUUCUCAAGGAUUUCGCUCUAAAGGAGGCUGUUUGCAGAAUUGGAGCAAGAAAUUUUCACUUUCAGAGUUGAUUUGAUUUGAAGAGUUUAAGAUUGUUAUACCCAGAUUGUUAUGUUUAUAUGUAAUUGAUAGAUUGUUAUGUCCAGAUUGUUACGUUUAUAUGUAAUUAAUAGGCAACAAUGUAAUAUAGCUCUUUAUACGUAAGGCUUACGCCUUACGACUCAAGGCGAACGCCUUACUGAGGCUCUCUCGAAAACGCCUCGACUACGCCUUAGCCUUUUAAAACAUUGUGUGCAACAACAUAUUUGAGGGGACUAUUCCAGAGUCGUUGAAGUUGAUCACUCAACUUGAAGUUUUGGACUUGUCACUUAAUCGAUUAAAUGGCAGUAUUCCAAUCUGGAUUGCUAAAGCACAGAUGAUCAAGAAUCUCAAUUUAUCUUAUAACAGGUUAUCAGGAGAAAUUCCAGACACUGGGAGGAUAAAAUCUUUCAAUAGAAGCUCAUUCUUGGGGAAUGUGGGGUUGUGUGGUGGUUCUGCACUACUUGGUCGUCCGCCAUGCGUAGUUCAAAAGAGAGAAUAUAUAAUAAGAAAAUCGAUACUUUACCCUUUGGUUGCAGCAGUUGCAGUAGUCUGUGUGCUGGUUGCUGUCUUUGUUUAUUGUUUCUUCUUCUUCUUCAGAAAACGGGAUUCAAAACCAGAACACCCUGAACACAGAAUGCUAAGAGUAAUGGGAUCACCGAGCCAUCAUGGAAGUCAAAUUUUCACCCAAAGGGAACUUGAAAUUGCAACAGGUGAGUUCAAUGAGUCUCACCUCCUGGGUAGAGGAACCAGCGGAGCAGUCUAUAAAGCAGUUAUUGACAAUGGGGAAAAUAAUCAAAAUAUCGUGGCAGUGAAGGUACUGCAUGGUGAUGGUAAUCAGAGUUACAGAAGCUUCAAGAGGGAAUGUCAAAUAAUGUCCCAAGUUAAGCACCGGAAUCUUGUAAGAAUGGUGGGAUAUACCUGGAACAAACAGUUCAAGGCUCUUAUUCUUGAGUAUAUUGACAAUGGUAACUUAGCACAGCAUCUUUAUCCUGGUGAACUAGAGGAAGGAGCAUGUGAAUUAUCGUUGAGGGAUAGAAUGUCAAUAGCUAUAGAUGUUGCUAGUGGCUUGGAGUAUCUUCAAGAAGGUUGUCCAGUCCAAAUUAUGCACUGUGAUAUAAAACCAGAAAAUGUGCUUAUUGACAACAAUAUGGUGGCUCAUGUAGCAGAUUUCGGGAUUGGGAAGCUCAACGCAGCUGUGAAAUCCAACGAAUCACAUGUUAGCACAACGCAUUUUCUACGUGGAUCAAUUGGUUACAUUCCCCCAGAAUAUGGACAAGGAAUUGAGGUAUCAGCAAAAGGAGACAUCUAUAGCUUCGGUGUCAUGGUGCUUGAGAUGAUAACAAGAAGAAGACCGACAAGCAAUAUGUUUCCGGAUGGGCUUGAUCUAAGGAAGUGGGUGGUUUCUUCGUUCCCAGACCAUGUUUGGGAUGUUGUUGACAGUACAUUAAAGGAGAUACAAAGCACACAUGGCGCUUUGGAUGAGCUUGAGAAAUGCUGCAUUCAAAUGCUUGAUGUGGGGUUGAUGUGCACAGAAGAGAAUCCACAUGAAAGACCUGCUAUGUCUUUUGUUGUGCAGAAAUUGAAACAGGUUAUGAAAAGCUCCAAUAUCAUCUGAGACUUGAAGAGAUGAGAUAACUUCCACAUUCCUAGGCAGAUGGAGGGCUAGGCGAUGAUUUUUCUGCAGAAGACACGGAGUUGUUGUUUGUUUAUAGAUUCAUUUUAAAAGCAGACUCAAAUUGACUUGUAAUGAAUUUGUACUACUUAGAUAUGGCUGGUUAUCUAAUACAUUAUACUCUAUUUCCCAAAAAAAAAAAAAAAAAAAGAAACAGACCAUGUCCAACAAUUGAGGGCAAAGCCUAAAUUGUUAAGCCUUUGGCUGGUUGCUUGUGUGUUAGGGGUGUUUUAGUAAUUUAUAAUUUAUGAGUUUAUUUUAUUUAGCAUUUA